AUGAACAAUUUGUUUGGUGGUUGGCGGCACAUGUGUGCACUGGAUUCUGCCGGAAGUCCUCAACUACGCGGAUUCAAAGCCACCGAAAUAAACGACGACGACGUGUUGUCACUGACCAGUGACAACGCAGCACCUUCCUCGAGCGGUUUGGUCUCCCAACAGUGCACUGUGAUGGCCGCCUCCAUCAAAGCACAAUCUGAUGGGCAGCAGUCGAUUAGAGCCCGUCAGCAACACUGA